AUGCCAACAGCGACUGCUUCAAGGGAGGACAAGACAGACACGCCGCCCGCUGGCCAGGACCAUGAUGAUGCGGAGAAGUAUCCGACGAGGGACUUCGGGCUCAUCCCAAUUCCACCGCGGCUGCGCUAUCAUCCGGACAAGCCAUUUCACUUUGGCUUGCUCAUGAACAUGUCUUUUGGGUUUGCGAGCACCUUUAUUGUCGCGAAUUUGUACUAUUGCCAGCCUCUGCUGAUUGAGUUCUCCAAGUCGUUUGGUGUCACGUACGAACAGGUUUCACGAAUCCCAACACUCGUCCAGGCAGGCUACGCCAUCGGUCUCGUCCUCAUCUCCCCGCUCGGCGACCUUGUCCGCCGACGCGGCCUGAUCCUCCUCUGUGUCCUCGUCUCCACAUGCCUCACCAUCGGCUGCGCCAUCACCGCCUCCCUCCAAGUCUUUGAGGCCCUAUCCUUCCUUAUCGGUGUGGUCACCGUCGUCCCCCAAAUCCUCAUGCCCCUUGCUGCGGACCUCGCCCCGCCCGAACGCCGCGCCUCCGCGCUCGCCGUCGUCCUCUCGGGGCUCAUGCUCGGCAUCCUCAUCGCGCGCGUGCUCGCCGGCGUCAUCGGCAACUUCACAUCGUGGCGCGUCGUGUACUACACGUCCAUUGGCGUGCAGGGCCUCGUCUUCGGCGGCGCGUAUCUGAUUCUCCCGGACUACCCCGCGAAGAAUGCGGGCAUGUCCUAUUUUGGGAUUUUGUACACGAUGGGUAGAUAUGCUGUUACCGAGCCGCUGCUCAUCCAGGCUGCGCUCAUCAACAUUGCGUCGAGUUCGAUUUUUACGGCGUUUUGGGUUACGCUGACGUUUUUGCUGGGCGGGGACCCGUAUAACUACUCCACCCUCGUCAUCGGUCUCUUUGGCCUCGUCGGCAUGCUCGGUGUCAUGGUCGGGCCCCUCAUGGGCCGGCUCAUUGAUCGCCUCGUGCCGUGGUACAGCGCGCUCGUGGCGACCUGCAUGCUGCUCGUCUUCACCAUGGUGCAGACCGUCGGCGGCGGGAUCAACAUUGCCGCCGUCAUCAUCGCGUGCUUUGGGCUCGACGUGUUUCGCCAGACGCAGCAGGUCUCGCUCUCCACGGCUGUAUUUGGCAUCUCGGCGGCGGCGAGGUCGCGGUUGAACGCGGUGUUGAUUCUCUCGAUCUUCAUCGGGCAGGUGAUGGGCACCUCUGUCGGCACACUCGUGUUCACAAAGUACGGCUGGCGGCCCAUGGCGGGCAUGCUCAUGGCCCUCUGCGGCGCGCAGCUCUUCUUCCUGCUCCUCCGCGGGCCACACGUGCCUAGACACGUGUGGGUCGGAUACCGGGGUGGGCUCGAGGCGCGCAAGAGCGUUGUCGAGGCGCGACGGCGCGAGCAGGAGGCGGACGGGGGGUCCGCGCAGGAGGGGGACUUGGAGGCUGUGGCGCAGUCGCGGGGCGAGAAGGCUGCUGUGGAGGAUCAGGAGAAGGGACAGAGUACGCGCGUCGAGGAGAGGACCGUGGAGCGCCAAUGAGUGCAAGUUUAUGUUUACUAAAAGGACAAGGCAAGGACUGUCCACCAUCUAGAAGAUAGAUUUGAUCAUGCAUUUACGAGGAUACGCCUGCAUUUACGAUAUCCGGACGAGAUACUACGAUACCAUAUUAAUACACUCUUGCCUUCGA